UUUCUUCAUCAACAAGACAAAAAAAAGUUCUUACAAAGUUCUAAUCUUUUGCGUUCUGUCUCAAUACGCGUUCAACACAAACCUCCCAUCAUACUCGCUCAAUCAUCGUAAUUCGUAAUCAUUCCUUUAAAUCCAUGGCGGUUGGUGAUAGUAGCUUAGACUUGUCUCAUCGUAUGGAAGAUUCUGGAAAAACAGUAAAAGUUUCUCUUUUUUGGAAAGGAAACAAUUACUCUGUUCAAAUCGAUUCUGAAGCUUCUCUCAAAGAUUUAGGUUUUGAAUUGAGAAAGCUAACAGGUGUUACUGCUGAGUCGCUUCGUUUGAUUGUUCCAAAGUUACAUGAAAAAGGUUCGAUUUUGAUGUUACCCUUUUCUGAUGAACACUCGAGCUUGAGUUUACAGGAAUCAAACAUUGUUGAGGAUAAGACUAUAAGAAUGAUGGGUUUAACUGAAGAAGAGAUCGAAGGAGUUCGAAAAGAGACAAUGCCUGACAUGAGGAUACUUGGCUUUGAAGAAGAAGAGAGAAGGCUUAGGCAAAAGAAGUAUGUUUCGAGCAGUUCAAUCACGCUCCCGCAAGGGACUUACAUCUUUUGUGAUUUCAGGACUCUUCAGCUCCCGGGUAUAGAGUUAAACCCUCCAGCUUCUGCUGCUUUAAAGAGAAUGCACAUGCUUGCAGCAGACCCUGGUAUUAUCGCUAUUAUGAACAAGCAUCGUUGGCGAGUAGGGAUUAUGACUGAACUUGCCCCAGUUGGUUAUGUUGGUGUUAGUCCGCGAUGCCUUCUAGGAUUUAACAAGAAUCAAGGAGAGGAGAUUUCUCUACGCCUUCGGACUGAUGAUCUCAAGGGAUUCAGAAAGUAUCAGAGCAUAAAAAAGACUCUAUUGCAUGAGCUUGCUCACAUGGUAUACACGGAUCAUGAUGAAAACUUUUAUGCUCUUGAUAGACAGUUGAACAAAGAAGCUGAAAGCUUAGAUUGGACCAAAUCAAGGGGUCACACUUUGAAUGGAUCAAAAUUUAUCAAUGACGAUGAUGAGGAAGACUUCUUCUUCGAUGAAAAUGAAAAUUUUUCGCAGAGGCUUGGUGGAAACCAGUCCGAUAAUCUUGGAAAUGCUCGUGAAUCUUCUGUUGCUGCUGCUUAUCGCCGUCUCUCCCACACAAGUGUUUCAAAAAUCAGCGAAGAACCUGAUCCUGAUGACUUGGUUGAUGUUCGUGAUGAGAAUAAACAGCCAUCUCUCCCUAAAGCUCAAUGUGAUUCUAUGAGUAAGUUGGAGCCUGAUCCUGAUGAUACCACUGAAGAUGAUGCAACCAAAACUGAACAAGUUCACUCAUGGAUCCCAUCAAAUCCUAGAGAUGCAUCUGCACCUGAUCAUCACUCGGGAUCAAAUGAAUUGGCAAGUGAUCUUGCCCAGAUUACUGAAGAUUAUGAACCUGAUCCGGAUGACUUAGAAACACGAACAAGUAUAGAGGAAGCUGAAAAUAUGAAAACAUCAAAUGACACUGUAAUGUUGGGUGGGAAUGGAGAUGAAGAUAUCCAGGCUACACCUGAUCCAAAUAUUGCAGAGCCGUAUCCAGACGAUAACCCGGUGGUCACAGAGAGGGAAACGAUCAUGGAGGUUGAUGAGCCUGAUCCAGAUGAUCAAGAGAUUCAGAGGAUCCAAGACUCUGUUAUCAUCAUCUCUAACCGUCUCAAGAAAGCUAUAAAUUCCUUGGAAACUGAAGUUAGCCCGGGUCAAGCAACCAAUGUGCUGCAAAUGCUUCUCAAAAUAGUGAGGAACAUCAUUGAACAACCAAGUGAAAUGAAAUUCAAAAGGCUGCGUAAGGGUAAUCCUGCAAUUAAGCGCAACAUUCUCAACUUUGCAGCUGCGGUUGAGAUCCUUUCCGUCGUUGGCUUUGUCGAAGAGAUGUUAUCGGAAGGCGCAGGAGCACAAGAACCAUAUUUGGUACUGAAACGAAAUGACCCAGGGCUCUUGUGGAUUGCCAAGUCGAUGAUCGAAGAAUCCCACUCCACAGGUUCCAGCUAAUAAUACCACAUUUUCUCUGUAAACUGUACCAUAAAAGUAUGAUUUGAGACUGAGUUGCUUCUUUUUGAGGCCAUCCAUUGUUGGUGCAGCAUUAUAACAACAUGUUCCAUGGGACUCCUUACCGAUAAAUUGGUAACAGCUUGUCCUGUGGGAAGGUUGUUAAAGGGCAACUCUUUUUGUAUGUAAACUAGGAUUAACCCCGUGGUAUAACACAGAUCCAUAAAUUAAUAUAUUUGUUUUUUUUUUGCUUCCAAA